CUGGGGGCUGUCCAAGCUGAAAAGUUGUCAUCCUUACGUAUGCAUCCAUUUAUCCGGCUUUAAGUCACCAAAUUUAAAGUCGUUUGGUAAAUUGCAAAUAUCUGAGGAAAGGUAAAUGGCUUACAACAAAACCAACGCUACGGACUGGAUGCAAAUUUCUGCCUCCCACUGCAUUUCACGGCUCGCUGUCUUCGGCAUUGAAUGUCUGGCCGCAGUCAUCCUUAAUAUCAUCACCAUUAUUGUAUUUGUGAAGCAGCGCCAGCUACAGAGCAGAAGCACGUACUUGAUCAUUCAUCUUGGGGUAGUGGAUCUCUUGGUGGGGGCGAUCGUAGGGCCUAUGAUCAUCGAAAUGUAUGGGAGCGAGUUCUGUCGUCUGUGGGAGUCAAGGUCUUAUUUCGAUUGGUUACCUUCCCUUCAAAUAUAUGUGGGUCAUGGAGUUUAUCAGAUCUCUCUUAAUAACCUCGCGGUCAUUGCAUUAGAACGAGUACACGCAACAUUUCGUCCUUUCAAGCAUCGUUUCAUAAGGAAAUGGGUUUAUGGAGUGAUGAUAUCUGUCAAUUGGGUAAUCCCCUCAGCCAUGUAUAGUGUCGCGUUUUAUUUUGGGGUCCAUUCAUUCCUAAUCCGUUUCAUAUAUUUGUGUUCUCUUCUUUCUGUUAUACUUGUAUGUUAUGUCUCAAUUUACAUCAAAAUCCGGUGCAGUCGUCAUCUUCAACACCAUGGUGCGGCCAGCCUAAGGGAAAGAAAACUGACCACAACACUGUUCAUUGCUACCCUUGCAUCAUUGUUAACUUUCAUGCCGAGGUUAGUGUAUUGGGGAGAUAUCAAUUUUUCGGACCUUAUUAUAAGCCUUUCACUCCAGUCAUUUUUUGAUGUUGUUAUGGCAACAAUGACAAUUUUGAUUCUCAAUUCUAUAAUAAAUCCUAUAAUUUACAUCACACGAAUGUCACAAUUAAGAGGAGGUACAUCAAAGCUUAUAUUCCGUAGGGCUCCAAAUCACUUAAACCCAAACGGCGUCUCACCUCAAAUAGCUAAUUGUUUAUCUUAAGAGCACAACAUAUACUGAAGAAAAAAGGCAUGGUUUUGUUUCUCCAAUUGAAACCAGAUUACAAGUAGCGAAGGAAUAAAUCCGUCCAGUCUUUUGAGCUGAUUACGUGAAUUUCUUUGAAAAUGGAUGCUGAUGAUUAGAGAGAUUCUAGGAGCGUUUACGAAAAACCUGUUUGCUAGGCUAAAACCUGUUUGCUAGGCUAAACUUGAACCUGCUUGUUAGGGUAAAACCUGUUUACUAGGGUAAAACCUAUUUGGUAGGGUAAAACCUGUUUGCUGAGGUAAUGUCUGUGAGAAUAAAAGAGUAACAUUGUAUUUAUGCACCGAAUAUAUUCUCUUCUAAGCCUUCGGUAAAAUAAUAAUAAUGACAGGAUGCAGAUCGAAAAAAAAUUAACUUCGGAAAAUGUCCGAAGAUCACGAGUAUGCCCAAAAAGAAAAAAAUUUGCUUGUUUGAGUGAAAUAGCAUUGUGUGUUGUAUUAUCAUGUUUUAGUGUUCUUGAUUGGUCAGAGAGCACAAACCGUUAUGUAAUGCCAUGUAAUUGUUUAAUAUUACGGG